GGAGAGAGACUGAGAGGUUUGGGCUUGUUGAGCCUGGAGAAGAGAAGGCUCUGGGGAGUCCAUGUGGCUGCCUUUUAGUACACGGCGCCUCACAGAUCACCUAGUUCCAACCCAGCCCUUGGAGUGCCGUGUCUGAUUACAUCCUGGAACAGAUGAAGCUGAACAAGGGAGUCCUGGUUCCGGGGCUCGGGGUCUUUGCUGGGGUCCGAGAGCAAUUCCACAGCAAAGAAGAGGCAGUUUCGGUGCUAAGGCCUGUCUUCCAGCUGGACAUCGGGGUGCUGUGGCUGCAGGACCUCCAGUCUCCCAAUGACAUCAUCCCUGACGAUGUCAAGAUUGAGUCGCUCAACUACCAGCAGCUCUCGCGAGCCUCCGGCGUCCCGCUGAACGUGGUGCUGCGCUGCGUGCGAGAGAGCGUGCUCUUAUAUUGUCAGCUCCUGAGGAACAGGGAGCCCGUCUCAUUUGUCUUUAAGAACAUCGGCGUUGUGACGUGCCAAGAUGACUUCCUCCUCAUGAGGUUCUUCUGCAGCUGCAUUGCAACGCUGGAAAGCAAUGCCACUGUCCUUUCUCUGCUCUGCACUAGAUUUUGGACGGAAGAUUCUGCUGACUUCGGGCCAGAGACCACCGCCCAUGGGAUCCGGGUGUUCCCGAGGUUUCAGCUCACUGUGGAAAAGAGCAGAGCAGAGGUUGCCGCAGAAAAGAAAGCGGAAGAUGAGUAGAGGUGAGGGAACGGGUCCCAGCUGUAGGGAGGGGGCUCUGCCAGCAGGCUGCUGCAGAGGCGGAAGACACUUCCCCCCUCCAUGCUGCUGCAGCGCAAGCCAAGCUCAAGGCAGAAAGACGUGGCGAAGGAGCCUUCUGCCAGGUGAGAGCCUUGGGCGAAAAGAAGAAGGCGAUGCGUGUGCUCGUGUAGGACUGGGCUCCCCUUUGGA